AAAAGCCUUCAGCUUCUAUGCAUCAAGCUGCUGUCUACAAGAACCGAAGCUAAGAAAACUCAUUGUGACUAUCACUGUCCAAGGUAGGAAGGAGAAACCAGGAAAUCACAGACCUGUCAGUUUAACGUCACUUUUGGGAAGUUACUGGAAUUAUCAUCAGGGACACUGUCACUGAGCCCUUGGGCAUGUAUGAGCUAAUCAUUGGCAUGGUUUUGUAACAGAAGGAAUGAGCCAUUUAAGAGAUAAUUAAUGAUGUCUUGGGUGCAACCAUCAAAGCUUCAAAUGCUUUCAGUUGGUUCGGAACCAAGGUAAAAGGCCAUGGCUGGAAUCUUACCACAAACUGAUGGAAGUACGACUUGCACAGAGAACUGGCAGCCGAAUGGCUCAAUGCUGACCUCUCAGGUUCAUGCUGCUGCAGUCAAUGGAGACAAGUGUGCAUUGCAUAAACUCAUAGCAGCAAACCCAAAUUUAAAGGAUGCUGAAGACCCGUUUGGCCGGACUCCAUUGAUGUAUUGUGUGCUGGCUGACAGAUUGGACUGUGCUGAGGCACUCAUUAAGACUGGAGCUAAUGUUAACAAAGCAGACCGCAGCCAGAGGACUGCUUUACAUCUCGCAGCACAAAAGUUUGGACAGGGAAAUUACCGCUUCAUGAAGCUAUUGCUUAGUCGACAUGCCAACUGGAUGCAGAAGGAUCUUGAGGAGAUGACUCCACUUCAUUUGGCUACUCGCCACAAAAGUCCUAAGUGUUUGGCUUUGCUACUAAAAUUUAUGGCUCCAGGAGAAGUGGAUACCCAGGACAAGAACAAGCAAACAGCGUUACAUUGGAGUGCCUACUACAACCACCCAGAACAUGUGAAACUGCUAAUAAAACACGAUUCCAAUAUAGGCAUUCCUGACAUUGAAGGCAAAAUCCCACUCCAUUGGGCUGCCAGUAACAAAGACACUACAGCCAUUCACACAGUGAAAUGCAUUCUGGAGGCUGCUCCGACUGAAUCACUAUUGAACUGGCAGGACUAUGAAGGAAGAACGCCACUUCACUUUGCUGUUGCUGAUGGAAAUGACGCUGUAGUUGAUGUAUUGACCUUGUAUGAAGGAUGCAAUAUAACAUCCUAUGAUAAUUUAUUUCGAACUCCUCUGCACUGGGCAGCUUUAUUAGGUCAUGCUCAAAUAGGACACCUUCUACUGGAAAGGAAUAAAUCUGGUACUAUUCCAUCAGACAGCCAAGGAGCCACACCACUGCAUUAUGCUGCUCAGAGCAAUUUUGCUGAGACUGUUGAAGUAUUCUUGAAUCAUCCAUCAGUGAAAGAUGACCCAGACUUGGAAGGGCGCACUGCAUUUAUGUGGGCUGCAGGAAAGGGCAGUGAUGAUGUCCUUCGAACAAUGCUGAGAGUAAAAUCAGACAUCGACAUCAACAUGGCAGAUAAAUAUGGUGGAACAGCUCUACAUGCUGCAGUCCUCUCUGGUCACGUCAGCACAGUGAAGCUACUAUUGAAAUAUGGGGCACAGGUAGAUGCCAUGGAUGUGAUGAAACAUACACCACUUUUCCGGGCUUGUGAGAUGGGCCAUAAAGAAGUGAUCCAGACACUCAUUAAAGGUGGUGCGAGUGUUGAUUUGAUUGACCAAGAUGGCCAUAGUCCUUUGCACUGGGCUGCCCUUGGAGGAAAUGCAGAUGUGUGUCAGAUCCUGAUUCAGAAUCUGAUCAACCCCAAUGUGCAGGAUUAUGCCGGAAGAACUCCUUUGCAGUGUGCUGCAUAUGGAGGUUACAUCAACUGUAUGGCAGUGCUCAUGGAAAACAAAGCGGAUCCCAAUAUACAAGACAAAGAGGGGCGGACAGCGCUACAUUGGUCCUGCAACAAUGGUUACCUGGAUGCCAUCAAGCUUCUGUUGGGUUAUAGUGCCUUUCCUAAUCAUAUGGAGACCAAUGAAGAGAGGUUCACUCCUCUUGAUUAUGCCUUGCUUGGGGAACAUCAGGAGGUUAUCCAGUACAUGCUGGAGCAUGGAGCACUAUCUAUUGCUGCAAUUCAAGACAUUGCUGCUUCCAAAGUCCAGGCUGUUUACAAAGGUUACAUGGUUCGCAAGGCUUUCCAGGAGAGAAAAAAUCUUCUCAUGAAGCAUGAACAACUACGGAAGGAUGCUGCCAAGAAGCGUGAGGAGGAGAACAAAAGGAAAGAAGCAGAGUUCCAGAAGGAAAAGAAGAGAUUGGAAUCUGAGUUAAACGUACAGCAAGAAGUAGUAAAUCUAGAAGCUAAUUGCCAACUUGCUGAUGUUUAUCCAGUAAAUGGGGAGAGUACUUCCCCUACCACCAUUUCAGAACAUGACCAAUUGGAGCUGAGAAUUAGGGAAGACUCUAAGAGAAGAUCUAAAAGCCGGUCUGAAGUGAAAUCAAGUGUAAAGCCUUUCUUGCAAUCUUGGAGGAGCAUGGACACCAUUCGGAGUCAAUCUACAUGUGCAGAGGCUGGAAAAAAAGAAAUAAAAAUGGGAAAAGAACCCAUCAGAAAAACUUCGAAGAGCAAUGAUGUCAGUGAUCACCAGCAAUACACUGAAGGAAGCAUCCCUGAUCAGCUAUACUCUUCCAGUCAGCUCACUCCUUCAGAAAGAGGAGAUAGUAACACUGAGAGUGAUAGAAAAGUUCCUGUAAGUAUCAACAGACUGAAUGGCAAUAAAUUGAAACCCCCUGGCUUUAGGUCAGCCAGUGCAACAAAAAAACUGGUGAAACAACAGAGUCCAUCUUCAUUGGUUUGUAGCAUACGUCAUAAAAUAAGAUCUGAAUCUUCCCAACAAUAUGAGGAGCCUUGGGCAGGAGUAAAAUGCGGUCGAUUCUCACCUGCUGGUUCAAGCCGUCCUGGAAGCGCCAAACCUAUCGUUGUAAACAGUACUGAUAAUGCUGGCCAUACAGUGCAAACUGAUACCCAGAGCUCUGAAAUCAUCACUUCAGUUUUGCAUCCUCUGGCCUCCCCAAAACCCAAAAGUGGCAGUUCCCCAUCAGCAAUUCCAGCCAGUGGAAAGCGCAACAAUACUAUUGAAAAUGCAUCUCAGGACAGAACUGGCACUUCUAGAUCUCUUAGCACCGAAAAGGGUUCAUGCACCACUCUGGUUCAUCAGAGCUCUGAUAUUCUACUUGUCCCUUUGGAAAUCCGAGUACAAAUAGUCGAAAAGGAGAGAUUGAGAAAAGAGCUUUUUCGGAAGAAGAAUAGGGCAGCAACAGUUAUUCAGAGGGCAUGGAAAAGUUACAGGAUACGUAAAGGCCUACUGCUGCUCCUUCACUGGAGGCUUCAGAAUGGGGACAAUGUUGACAAGACAUGGAAACAAGAGGUGGCUGCCUUCACCAUUCAACUAGCUUGGAGGAAGUAUCUCAGUGGCAGUGUCUUGAAUGUUAUUUCCAGCAAGAGCAGCCAAGCAUUCAGCAACAGGAGCUCCUGUGUCAGGACAGCUAAGCAGCACUCAGUGUUAAAGCAAAUUUAUGGAAAACCUCAAGAAGAAAAAGGGUACAAUUCACAACAAUCAUUGCCUUUUAGGAAUGAUCAUAUCUCUUUCCGGAAAGCCUCUGGAGCCCCUGUGAAAGGUGUAUUUCAAAGAGUCAGAUCAGCAUGCAGCACAUCCCUCAGUUCUACGAAUCACUCCCAGCUUAUGCUUGACUUGACUACCUUCAACAGGCACACUCAUUUGAGAAAUCUUCAGCAUGUUCAGCUCUUGGGAAACGCUGGAAAUUCCAAACAGUUCUCCUACAACAUGAGACCACACACUUCAAAGACCUACAGAACUAAACCAAAAGAAUAAAGCAGUGACGCAGGACUGUAACCAAGAUGGAAAUGUGCCCAGUUCAGCCCAUUGAAGUGUACAGGUUCUUUUUGCUUUUCACUGAAGCUUACUGAGGUGUAUUUAGACAAAUGUUCUUAAAAAGAGGCUCUAAUUCUACAGGGAUUAAAUAAUACCAUAGAAUGUGAAAAAAUGCACUGCUAUAAUAUCUUAUCUAAAUCAUAGAAGUUACAUUAUAGGUGGCAGCCAAUCAGUCCAUCAUGUCAGCGUCAACUCCAAGAUACCAACUUAUUUCCAUUAUGUUUGUCCUUUUCCCACAACAUUUAAAAAUGUUAUUUUUCAAAUAUUUAUCCACUUCCCUUUUAAAAGCAAUUUUGGAUUCUGGGGUGGCAUUCAAUAUCCUAACACCCUUCUAUGUAAACAAAUGGUUUCUCCUGGCCUGUCCCUUCAGUUGACAAUGAUUUUAAAUUUAUGUUCAACAAUGACUUUCAGUUUGUGCUCUUCAGUUAACAAUUCACUACCAGUAGAAAUAGUUUUCCUUAUUUACCUUAUCAAAAGCUUUCAUAAUUUUGAACACUUUCUAUUUGAUUUAUCCAAUUAAGAGCCAGUUUCUCUAAUCUCACAAAUAAAGUCUCUCAAUCCAAAUACCCUUAUGCAUCCCAUUUGCAUGACUUCGAAAGUUUUCUAAAGUAGAUCAACAAGGCGUAACAUAAUGUUCCAACUGCAGCUGAAUCAGCUACUUGUACGUUUAACAUUCUCUUCACUUUAGAUACUCCCCCAUUUAUAAAACAGGAUUGUAAAUGCUUUUUCCUUUUUAAAAAACUUCAUUAAUUUGACCUCCCAGAGAUUUCUGCUCAGUUACUCCUUUGAAAGUUUUACCAUUAUUUUACCAUACUUUUACAUUUUUUUCUUCCAAAACAUUGACGUGUCAGGAUUGGGAGGAGCAAUCAGUCCAUUAACCUGUCUGUUAUCCUGGUUACUUAGAAUGUUCACAGCUAAGACGCUGUAUAUUUUUGCCCUGCCUGUGGUUAAGUGUGUUGGUACCAUGAGUCAACAAUUUCAUUCAUAAAUCAUUGUGUAUUUAGCAUACAUUUCAACACACCGGUUCAGUAAUCUUACCUGUUUUAAUCCCCAAUACUUGUUCUUUUAUAUAACUUUCCCUUUUUUUCUACAAAACCAAAAAUGCUUACAGCUCAGGAGGCAGCGAUCUCAGUGCAUAUCUGUUCCAGUUCUUUGCUAAAGCAAUCUAAAAAUAGCCCCACAGCCUUGCUCAUCUCCAAAGCCUUGUACCUUUGCUAAUAUUUAUUAAAAAUUGCCCUAAAUAGAUACAACAGUCUCAGCUGUAAUCAUUUUCUGGGCAAAGUUUUCCAUGUAACAAGAAUAUUCUCCAUAAUAAAAUUCCUCUAACUUCUUUCCUCACUUGGAGUGAUAACUAUAGAUUUAUAAUGUAGUUGUUUAAUCAACCAAAGAAACUAUCUUUCCUAUUCACUAUCAAACUGUUCAUAAAUGUUAAAAAGAUCAGCUAAAUCUCAACCUAUAAUGCUCCAGCACACAGUCCCAAUACUACCUCAAAUCUCUUGGGGCAGAAUCCUCAGUGUGCUAAGAAUUACACACAACCAAUUUGAAAUUGACAGCUAGGCUCAAUAGUGUGGUGCAAUUACAUGGACUGGAAGCCCUGUUCUUUGCAGACAGAAAGAACAUUAACACACAUUGGGCCUGAUUCAGCUAAACAAAAUAAGUGACAGCCAUUCGCUCGUUCAUUUGGUCAAUAUCUUGACCAGAGUCAAGCUGCCUGGUUUAAAAUUUCAAAUAAUGCUUGGCAUUUAACUGUCAAUCACCAUCAACUGGUGCAUUCUUCACAGUAAUACCAGAGUCCACUUGCCAACCAAUCAGCACUCUCUUCUCAUACAGUAUAAAUAUGUUGUUUUCCAGACAUUGGUAUUUUCUUGCGAAUUGUCCUGAUGAGUGCAAGACGAAAAGCUUUGACAAUGAAUGUCUCUUUUUUCAACAAUACUCAAGUUUUGUAUUACCAAACAACUAUUUGUUACUUUCCCAGUGAGAGCAUAGGUCCUGCCACUUUUAGAUGAAGCCCAUUAUCCUGUGCUGAUCUCUCCACCCAAAACUUAUCAAGGCUCUGUGAAUCUCAACUUUGUCCCACAAUGCCACCUCUUCAGUCACAUUUAACUAGAGAACAUACCUAAAAAGUGGAUCAUUUAGGAAUCUUGGUUGUGAAAAGUUGUGACAUCAAAAACCCUUGUCUGCUCCUCUGCCUAUGGAAUUUCGCCCUCCUCUCCUUGGCAAUCACUUGCACUGACUCCAUUUCCUACUCCAAUGAAUGGUCAUCUACUUCUCUUCCUUACUGAUUCACUCCACCUGCAAGGUGACCAACUCCUGCAAUGUGCAAUCCAUGAUUUCUCCAAUCCCGAUAUAAAAUGGCACAUCCCCAUAUGCUCAAGAUCAGAAAUUGAGAGAUUGAUCACAUGCAAUUGAAAAUACUUUCUGCACACAUGCUUGUUUGGCCACACCCAAGUGUCCAAGAUUUUUCAUAUUGCACAGAUACUGCACAUAAGAGGUUUCAACUGACUUCUGUUAAACUAAGCAGUCGUAUCCUAAAAAAGUGAUGAAUUUAAACACAUUAACCACUCAAAUUUAAUUGUAGGCUGAUUGGAACUUAAAGCUCAACUCCCAAUUGACUCCAUACCUUACUGGGUCUUUGUAAUUCCAUUGAUCUUUAAUUAUUCAAGAUUAACUGUCACUAAUUCAAACUUGCACUCUUACACAAUAGCCCAACUGAGAAAAAUAAUUGGAGAACAGCUAAUCAACUACAUACAUAAUCAAGUAACAUUAAGAUACUCAAGCCAGCCCAGUAAGGCAGCCAAAUUUAAUAGAAGUUCCUAGAAUUGAAAUGUUAAAAUGAAAUGAAAGUUAAAGUACAAUAAAUAAAUUGAAAUGUAUACUUAACUUGCUAUUCCCAUGGAAAUUAUUUUUAAAUUAAAAAAUCUUAGUGGGGGGUGGGCAAUCAUAAACCUAAAAUUAUAUAUACUUAGUACACCUUUUUAAGUUGUAUGUGAAAUAUUGCCAUCCUUCAAAUGAUUAGCCCCUCAAGUAGUCAAAUUUCAUGGUCUUUGAUUAGUAAAUCAUCAAAUGCCCUUUUGUUAACACCUGCUACACAGAUGUGAUAAUGAAUACAAAUCCAGCAGACUUCAGUUUGCAAUACACUCCCAAUUGCAUGAAAUCUCAUUGGCACUGAGGUAAAAUAUGACAAUUGGGUUUAAUAGGAAUUAUGUUAAAGUUCAGAUGAAAAAGGUUAAACCUUCAGCAUCAACAUUUAUUCUUGUCUACUUUAAAUUCUAAUUAUUUGUAAAUUUAAAUUGAAACCACACAAAAACUGUCUCCUGUGCUGUUUUAUUAAAAUUAUUUAUUCCAAACUACUAAGUUUUUAAAAAAUGACAAUUAACAGGAAUAGCCAGGAGCUGCUGGUUCAACUGGAUUGGUCUGACUUUUUGACAUAGUUCCAUGCAUAAUGUACAUGUCCUUUCAUUACUGUAAAAUACCAUGAUGUAUCAUUUUAAUGAUUAAAUAUUACCUACCCAUUCACUUGCAAGCACUAACAUAAUGUACAGUAUUAUGCUUGAAGUUUGGAAAGAAAUGUCCAAAUACAGCAAUUAGCUAUAAUAUGACAAAUGGAAUGAAUACAUGUUGCAUCCACAUUGCACUAGGUGAACAAUAUUAUCUGAUGGUACUCCAUAACUUACAAGACCAUUGUAAUUGUUAUAGAUCUAUUUUACCUGUGUUUAAAUGUAUCUAGAAAUAUUUGUCAUUGCCCUUUUAAAACAACCUUUUGUAUCAGAAAUGCUUCAUGUUCUUACAGAUUAAUUAUUUUUGUAGUUUUUAUUAAAUGAAUAUAUACAUUUUCAAUAAAGACUUUUAUUCAAAUUGU